CCCGACUUCGUACCAUGUCUAGCUUUGCGAACGAUCCGGGCCACGCCGAUAAUGCCACCCCUCCUGAUUCUGCCGCAACCGACUCUGUCCUCCAGCAUCACCUCGAGGGCAGCACGAACGGCGAACACGAAAGCGACGGCCCCGGGAAAAAGAAAAAGGGCCCAAAACGCCGAAAGGUCAAUCAUGCCUGCCUCUACUGUCGUCGCAGCCAUAUGACCUGUGAUGAAGGCCGCCCAUGUCAACGUUGCAUCAAACGCGAGAUAGGGCACCUUUGUCACGACGAACGGCGCUCCUCCACUAAGGACAAAACCCCCACUGCGAGCAGCGCGAUACAGAACCCCCCGGUCGAGGUCGCAAGAGCGUUACCUGGGACGUCGCAGUACGGCUCGUCGACGAUGCCCCCGACACUGAACCCGGCCUGGCCCGGACUGGGCAUGAGCAUGGCGCAGGGCGCGUUCCUGUAUCAACCAGAGGCCCUCAACGAGUUCUCUGUUCUCUCCGACUUCCUCGAAUCGCUAGACGAGAGUUCAUUUUUCAAUCAACCUACUGCUGUCGCGCCCAGUCUGAUGUCCCCGACUCCCUACACGAGUUCAGUAUCGCUGGGUGUAGACAACCCAUACAUCCCCUCUUCGCAGCCGUCUGGCUCUACCGAUGCUGCUCCUCCUGCGCCAGAGAAACCACCAGAGGAGCCAGCCCCUGUCGUCCUCCCCGCGGCCACGAAGACGGAGAAGUUCUUCCUCACGGCUGCUGACCAGGCCUCCGGCUCCCGUAACGAACGUCUCAACAUGGUCAUCCGGAGUAAAUACGAAGCAGGCCUGUUAAAGCCCUAUAAUUACGUCAAGGGCUACGCGCGUUUAUCCCGCUGGAUGGACAGGAAUGUCUCGCUUGAAUCGAAACAAAAAAUUCUGCAGCCACUGUCGGUCCUCCGGCCGAAAUUCAGAGCGAUCGCUCAAUCGGAAUCUUUGACAGAUAUUGAUCUCGUGUUCAUCGAGGAAGCAUUUGAGCGACUAUUGCUAGACUAUGACAGAGUCUUCUCUGCGAUGGCUAUCCCGGCUUGCUUGUGGCGCCGCACAGGGGAAAUCUACAAGGCCAAUCGAGAAUUUGCCGAGCUGGUCGGUGUAGAUGGGUUCAUGCUGCGUGACGGUCGCUUGUGCAUAUAUGAACUUAUGGCUGAGGACUCCGCCGUUAAUUACUGGGAGAAAUAUGGCAACGUAGCAUUCGACUCGAAUCAGAAAGCUGUUCUCACUUCCUGCGUUCUUCGUUAUAAGCCGCUCCUGCCUUCCUCUGGAUCAUCGACUCCUGCAAAGGGCAAAAACAAGCAGACACUCCCGAACGAAGAAGGAUUUAUCAGCUGUUGCUUCUCAUUUACCAUUCGCAGGGAUCCUUAUGGUAUCCCCACUUUAAUCGUGGGCAACUUCAUCAAGUGCUAGCCUCAAGCUUUCUCUGUUGUGUUUCUUUUUGAUUAGAUGUGUUGGAGGUGGCUGUAACGCUGUCGUUGAUGACGGCGCACACUUGUGUCAGACUAUGCGAUAGGGCUAGCUCUCCGUAUGUAUUGUAAAGUAGUGCACAGUAUUAUCAGGCCCGUUAAGUGCAUGUUGCGUCCUUC